AUGGCGGCGCUAUCGUCGACCACACGCCCUCUCCCUGCUCGUCUCCUCGUUCUGUUGCGCGCGGCGCCCCUGCCAACUGCGCUGCAGCUAUCCAUUGACCAGGUCGAGGCAUUGCGCGAGAUUCACUCGGAUCAUGAGAAUCUGCGCCGCGAGUUCCUGGUUACACAACGUCGCGCGGAGGAUCUGGAUUGUCAGCUCACCGACGCGGCCAAUGCUGCGUCGCCGUAUGUGCUCUUCUGUCAGCACAAAUACGAUGUGGUUCGCCACAAGCUGGAAUCUACUCGGACGGAGCUCGUCGAGUGUAUGACUGCAUUGCAGGAGCUUUUUGACAACUCUUGUGAGCUCGAGGCCUGCCUCCUUCUGUAUCGCGAUUUGAAAAUCCGCUACAACGAAGCGGUGUCCGAGUUCCAAGAUCGUAUUCGUACGCUAGAGGCACAGCUGGCUGCUGCCUCUUCCUUUGGCGUGAUCGUCCCGCCCGAUACGGCUCGUCGCAUAGCGGAUCUGGAGCCCCAGCUCGCGUGGUCCCAAUCUGAUUUACAAGUCGCGCGCGAUCGUCCGUCUGCCCUCGCUUCGGAGCUUCGCGAAUCAGCUACGUCCCACAAGGCUGCUCAUGCAGAGGUAGUUCGUCUCGAGGCCGCGAUCGAGUUUAUGACUCGUUGCCUUCGCCCCAUGCGUGACAUCUAUGAGCGUCGCUUUAGGGUUGUCGACAACACAAUCACCACACAUUCCACCGAGCUUAGUCGUUUGCAUGAUCGGGUAUCGACAUUGGAUCGGGAUCUUCAGCAGGCUUCUCAGCGCGCCCGCGCAGCGAUCUCUCAGCGUGAUCACGGCAGGGCAGAAGAGGAUUGUGUCUCAGCGGCUCACGAUACUAUCGCCCGGCUGGAAAAACGGAUUAACCAAGUCGAGAAAUCUCAGAAGUCGCGUCAAGAUCUCGAGGUCGCGCUAGCAGCACUUCGGCAGGAGAGAGAUAGUCUGGCGGUCCAAGGAGAUGAGUUGCUCGGCCAGCUUGGCGAGCGUUUCAUGGAGAUCACUGAUCUCGGGCCGAGCGGGACCAGGCGCAAGAAAGAUUGUCCAGCAUCGUGUCUCUUCUCCCUUUCACCCAGAGUCACAAUCGAGCACGCUCCGAGUCCGAUUCUCCAGCCCAGUCUGCUCGCGUCUCCAAGGCCGCCCGAUCGACCUCAGGUCCUUUCCCGGUUGGUGCUUUGA